AUGAAAACGAUAGGCACCUUGACUGGAGCUGCAUUGGUACCUGACAGGCUUCAGGCAGACAUGGCAACACGCUCAGCGUAUAUAAGGCCUGGCGCUCGAUUCAGCGUCACAGUUACCCACAGUACUUUCAACAUGUUCAAGCUGAUCGUCCUCCUCGCCGCCGUCGCCGUGGCCGCCGCCAUGCCAGGCUUCCUCGGAGGCGCUGGAUACGGAGGUGGAUUUGGUGGAUACGGAGGGGGAAGCUUCGGAGGAUUCAACGGUGGACACGGAGGCGGAUUCGGUGGAUAUGGGGGAGGUUUCGGAGGAUCUUGCUGCGGUUUCAGUGGAGGGUUUGGUGGACACAGUGGAGUGAUGGCCGUCGUUACAACGACAGCACAUUCUACAAGAGAACUUCUCGAGAUGUUUAAGCUGGUCGUCCUCCUCGCCGCCGUCGCCGUGGCCGCCGCCAUGCCAGGCUUCCUCGGAGGCGCUGGAUACGGAGGUGGAUUGGGUGGAUACGGAGGAAGUGGAUACGGAGGUGGAUUUGGUGGAUACGGAGGAAGUGGAUACGGAGGGGGAAGCUUCGGUGGAUUCAGCGGCAGAUACGGAGGCGGAUUCGGUGGAUAUGGGGGAGGUUUCGGUGGAGGGUUUGGUGGACACAGUGGAGGGUAUAUAAGGGCCGUCGUUACAACGACAACACAUUCAACAAGAGAACUUCUCGAGAUGUUUAAGCUGGUCGUCCUCCUCGCCGCCGUCGCCGUGGCCGCCGCCAUACCAGGCUUCCUCGGAGGCGCUGGAUACGGAGGUGGAUUGGGUGGAUACGGAGGAAGUGGAUACGGAGGUGGAUUGGGUGGAUACGGAGGAAGUGGAUACGGAGGGGGAAGCUUCGGUGGAUUCAGCGGUGGAUACGGAGGCGGAUUCGGUGGACAUGGGGCAGGUUUCGGUGGAUUCAGCGGUGGAUUCGGGGGACACAGGGGAGGUUACGGACGCUAG